CAAAGCCGUUUAAAACUCUUCACCAGCGGGAAAAUCACUGCACAUCUCUCAGUUUCCCGCUAAAAACACAACUACUUUCUUCUCUCAAAGAAUCUUCCCAAUUCUACAAUAUACAAACCCUAGAUCGAUCUGCAUACCGAUCCAUAACCGUGGAAGAUCAAAACAAUGCCAGCCAUCACUCGAGCAAAUCACUGUAAGAUCGAGAGUGGAACGACUUUGAACGAUGUUAUGGUUGCGAGAGUGACCGAUGGAGGUGCUGUAAUGGAAACUACUCCGAAGCGAAAACUGAGAUCCAGUGAUGCGCACAGGCAACAAAGCCCUGUCUCUGCGCCGGUGAAUUGGAAAUCGCCUCGCUGGCGCCUUAAUUCGAGUCCUAAAAGCCCUCCACAGAGCGAUGGGAAAACGUUUAAUGAUGGCUUUUCUAAUUUACAUAGUUCACCGAUAAGAUGCUUGUUAAAGGACCUUAUUGUCAAACCAGAUUGGAAUCCUAAAGACACUGAACAUAUAAAAACAGCAAAGGAAGCAUUGCACGUAUCGACAGCUCCAACUACAAUCAUGUGCCGUGAAGAUGAACAAAGUAAAAUCUUAAAUUUCUGCAAGGCGUGUGUGGAGCAAGAAAAAGCUGGUAGUUUGUAUGUUUGCGGGUGUCCAGGAACUGGCAAAUCUUUGUCCAUGGAAAAAGUCAAAGAGCGUUUGGCUGCUUGGGUGAAAGAGUCAGGUCUUCAGCUGCCAGACAUUUUGUCCAUAAACUGCACUUCGUUAGCCAAUACAUCCGAUAUUUUCAUUAAGAUGAUGGGUGAAGCCCAACCACAAAAGAAAAGGAAUGGCUCUUUAACACCCUUGCAACAUCUUCAACGCCUGUACUCCCAGAAGGCAGAGUCAUCUUGCAUGAAGAUGAUGUUGAUAAUAGCUGAUGAAUUGGAUUAUUUAAUUACAAAAGAUAAAGCAGUGCUACAUGAUCUGUUCAUGCUCACAACUUUCCCAUUUUCAAGAUGUAUUUUGAUAGGAAUUGCAAAUGCUAUUGACUUAGCAGAUCGCUUUCUUCCGAGACUUCAGGCGUUGAAUUGCAAACCUCAGCUUGUAACUUAUAGGGCAUAUUCCAAGGAACAGAUCCUCAAGAUUCUUCAACAAAGGUUUAUUGGGCUACCUUUCGUUGUCUUUCAGUCGCAAGCACUGGAGCUUUGUGCUAGAAAAGUUGCAGCCGUGUCUGGAGAUAUGAGAAAAGCUCUUUGUGUUUGCAGGAAUGCCAUCGAAUUGUUAGAGGGGGAACUCAAAGCAUCCCCUAAGGAGCUGAACCAUGAUGAUGCAAGUGAUGCUUCAGCACCACCUGAGCUUGUCAAGAUACAAGAGUCUCAGAUUGUGAGGUUGGACCAUAUGGCUGUUGCCUUAUCCAAGACUUUUAAAUCACUAGCAGUGGAAACCAUAAAAUCUCUUCCUCAGCAUCAACAGAUCAUCUUAUGCUCUGUUGUGAAACUUGUUCGUGGAGGAAAGAAGGAUACAACUAUAGGAGAGCUAAACAAAUCAUACAUAGACAUAUGUAAAUCAACUCUAAUCCCACCGGUGGGGAGUUUGGAACUUUCAAAUAUGUGCACAGUGCUAAACGACCAGGGGCUUCUCAAACUUGGGCAGUCUCGAGAUGAUAAAAUGAGAAGAGUGUUGUUGAAAGUUGACGAAGCCGACGUCAUGUUUGCAUUACAGGGAAUACGCUUCUUUCGAAAUUGCCUACAGUAAAUUAGCCGUUCUCCAUAUUACCGAGUAUAGAUUGGUGGAGUAAACAGUACACACUACCUUCUUGCUUUUGUCCCACCACUCAAGGAAAAAAAAGAGAUACAUUCCAACAGAACAAUCUAUUACUUUUCCAGCCGGCACAAGAAGUUCCUCACCGGAACUCAUACAAAGCACUCAAUUAUAGCAAAUGUUGUAUGGUAAAGAAUGAGGAAGUUUUCAUUGUAUUUUUCUUUUUUCAUG